GGCACCCAAGAGCUCGCCAUCAUACACACGAGGAGGAGAAAGGCAAAGAGAUGGGAAAAACCCCUCAAGCACCUCACCACAUCAGCCCACGGACACACACGGACACAAUACCAGUGACCACCGCUGAGCAGACCUCUCCCAGCACCCAGUCAGUACCUGUGACGUGAGGUCCACUCGAUCGCCGUGACCCUUGCUCCAUCGAGAAUUGUCCCAGAUGCAAGAGCUCCAAACGUCGUCGCUCCCACUCUGCUGACCCAUGACGCGCUCCGAACUUUUCCCACCCCAUCCAGAUGUCCACCGUCAACUGUCCAAUGUCCUUCAGAUCAUCUUCUGUUGCCCUUAGCUCGGUCUUGUCGUCUUUCCCUUGCUUCUUCAAACACACCCUGGCCCCUAGCUGUCUUGGAAGACUGCGUCCGUCCCGUGGUCAUCUCUCUUGUCUCGUGUGCUUGUCAGGGCUUGGUGGUUCCUAUCUUUGAUGUCGUUUGCCCUUAUCAUCGCCACAGCAGUUUCGAUAUUGCCUCCCCCUGCCCGGAAGAGUCUUGGAAGUCCCUCUUAGGCUGCUAACUGUUGGCGAUUGCUUCUGAUACGUCGCCCGACUGCAUCCUCUUCUCGCGACGAGGUAUAUAUUUCGAACUGGCCCGCCCGAGAGUUUGAUAGCCUCGAAAACGCCCUCCUGAGGCUCUCUUCCUUCACAGAACCCACCUCAACUCCGGUGCCGUCACAAUGUCGUCGAGUGGCAUCGCCAACUUCCUCCCUUCAUAUGCCUCCUACAACUGGACUGGUGCACCGGCCGACUAUUCUUUAGCCACAAAUGCGAGAACAGGAGGAGACUCAAGGACGGAGAAUCUAAACAAAUGGUACCAGUCGGGCGAUCAGGCAUAUAUCAUCCUCUCAUCAUGUCUGGUGUUGAUCAUGGUGCCGGGCCUCGGCUUCCUCUACUCGGGCCUCGCACGACGAAAGUCGGCGCUGUCAUUGAUGUGGGCUUGCAUGGCGGCCGGCAGCGUGAUCAACUUUCAGUGGUACUUUUGGGGUUACUCACUCACCUUCUCCCCGACCGGCCAAAGCGGCUUCAUUGGAGAUCUGGUCCAUUUUGGACUGAAACGGACUCUGGGCAACCCCAGUCCUGGCUCACCUCUGAUUCCUAGUCUUCUAUAUUCUUUCUACCAGAUGCAAUUCUGCGCCGUGACCGCCGCAAUCGUUGCAGGUGCUGUGGCAGAGCGUGGCCGACUGAUGCCUUUCCUCGUAUGGACCUUCCUCUGGGCCACCCUCGUGUACAACCCGAUAGCGUGCUGGGCAUGGAACGCUAAUGGAUGGGCAUUCAAAUACGGCGUCAUGGAUUACGCUGGAGGCGGGCCAGUCGAGAUCGGCUCGGGCAUGUCUGCGUUGGCCUACUCGAUGGUUCUGGGAAAGAGACAGGAGAAGAUGAUGCUCAACUUCCGCCCCCACAACGUUUCGUUCAUCCUCCUGGGAACAAUCCUGCUCUGGUUUGGCUGGCUGGGUUUCAACGGCGGUUCCUCCUUCGGAGCCAACCUCAGGGCUGUCAUGGCUUGCUGGAAUUCCAAUCUGACGGCCACUUUUGCCGCGGCGGCUUGGGUCCUGCUCGAUUUCAGGCUGGCUCGGAAAUGGUCUAUGGUCGGCUGGUGUUCCGGUACCAUCUCUGGACUUGUUGCCGCCACACCCGCGUCUGGUUACCUUGAAACGUGGGGCAGUGUGGUGUUGGGGAUUGUUACUGGCAUUGCCUGCAAUUUUGCCACCAAGAUCAAGUAUUGGAUCCGCAUCGAUGACUCUAUGGACGUGUUCGCCGAACACGGCGUUGCCGGCAUGAUUGGUCUGAUGUUCAACGCCCUUUUUGGCGUUGACUAUGUUGUCGGUCUCGACGGCGUCAACACGGGCGUUCCCAACCCCGAGACGGGCACUGGCAUCGGCGGGUGGCCCAUUGGCAACUACCGCCAAUUCUACAUCCAGCUCGCUUACGUCCUGGCAUGCACGGGCUAUGCCUUCGUCAUGAGUGCCAUCCUGGCGUACAUUGUCAACUUCAUUCCGGGCCUGCACCUGCGGGCUUCAGAAGAGGCCGAACUGCUCGGCAUGGAUGACGACCAACUCGGCGAGUUUGCCUACGAUUACGUCGAGGUUCGCCGCGACUAUUUGGCCUGGACGCCGCAAAACCCGGACCAGAACGGUAUCGACCCCAACAUCCCUAAGGAAAACCGCUACGGCAUCGGCGAACACUCGGACAUGAUCCGGAAGGCUGCCAACGUCGCCUCACCGGGAGACUCGACCGCGGCCAGCUCGCGCAGUCAGCAUGAUCUUCCCGCCCAGGGCGACCGGCACGCCGUCAGGGCCGAGGAUGUAGAGAAGGCCGCACACGACCCGGAGGCAUAAAAGGAACCGGAUUGAUUAAACCCUGUUUCUGGUCUCCGAGUGUCUCUUCGUCUGGUGCUCUUCUGCGCACGGCUGUGCUGUUCUGUCUCUCUGGGUACCCGGCAAAUGUGCGCCUGUGCGUAUUUCGGCUUUUUUUUGGCGACUUCGAAAGUCUCCUGCUAACUAAGUUAGCUGGGCUGGCUGAGCUGUUUGGAAUGACUGCGUGAGCAAAGAAAAGACGGAAGAAAAAGAUCCCUGCAUACAUGCACACUGUGCACCGGACACAAAUUUCCUCCCUUGGAGCGUUGCAAGCGAAAGCGAAAGAGAAACGGAACGAGAAAAAGUGUUUUCUAAAAGAAUUUACACGAUCUCUAUAUCACGAAAGACGGGCUGGAGUAUAGGAUACGGAUAGGUUCGAUGUUGAAAGCGAGUACAUUACCUUGGCCUGACUGCAUUUAUUUUGGGAUAUAUUAUAAAAGUAUACAAGAGUAUGCAUUGUAUGAUCCAAGUGAGGAAGUUCGGACAAGUCGGGAAUUUGUCACCCUGUUUGGACGAGCAGGCUCAAGUCUGCCUCAUGUGAGUGAGAGAGUUCGUGUAUACUCGGAAGUCCUGUGGGUCUAGGGAGGUGAGAAAAUACGGAGGAACGGUGUGUUGUAAAGGCGAGAUGCGAGUUGAUUUGACUUGUCUCCUGAAAGACGGUGUCUUGAUACACCCACCGACCGAAAAAGCAAUGGGCAAGGGCGCUGCUAUCAACACAUGCGAGCACAUAUAAGUAUUGUACAUGUGUG